AUGAUGCGUGCUGGUUUGCAAACUGGCAGUGUGCAGGACAGUGAUGUGGUGCCAGCGAUCACUGCGGAAGUAAAAGACUUGAAUAGUGCUGAGAUGCCCGACCUGGCACCGGUCAGGAAAGUAGCGGCGGCAGAUUUGUCAGCAUCUGAUUUUGAUCAGGACCAGUUUUAUCUUGAAUUUGAGGCUUUGUUCCGUGCAGCCAGCCCAAAGAAGAACGCAAAAUGGUCAUCGACGUAGGCUGUGGCCGCGGUGAAUGGCUGGACCUGCUGGAUGAGCAGGGCAUACCUGCCAUGGGCGUGGAUAUGA